ACCUCCUUUGUCUUUAUUCUAACCUCCUCAUCUCCGCUCUCUGGCCUUGUUUACUUGUUUGUUUGUUUAUUACCAAAACAAAAAACAAACAAAAAAGCAAAAAAAGAAUAAUAUAUAAACUUCUCAACCCCACCGCCUUUUGUACUCUCUCUUUUAUAUCCUUCUUCUAAUUAGCUAGCUAGCUAGCUAUCAGAUUCAGCAGCAGAUUAGUUGACAUCAAUUUUCCCGGGAAAGUGAGAGAGAAAGAGCGAGAAAGUUCGAGAGCGUUUUCAUUUCCUCAAUCUGUUGGCUGAGAGAGGCAUUGCUGUAUGUCAGUGGAAAACUACUCCAGUGACAGUUACUACGGUGGAUACGGUGAGCUCGAUAACCCUUCGCAAUGGCCGCAACUCAGGAAAAAGCGACGCCUUGUUGCCUGGACGCUGCACCCGCCAAAUCCUCGGCUCUGCUUCGCAAGGCCUCCGACCCGAUGCGCGAUUGGACCGUUUCGGGCUCCGAUCCGUCAGAGGAUCCGAUCCGCAACAGAGCUGCUGUGCCGACCUUGAUCCGACCCAUCGAGACCCUUCCUGCUACUUCUACAAACACCACUGCUACCAAAGGCAUCCCAGUCAUGUUGAGGGCUCAAACCAGCCAUCCUUUGGAGCCCUUAUCUGCUGCUGAAAUCUCUGUGGCAGUGGCCACUGUCAGGGCAGCUGGAGCAACCCCUGAGGUGAGGGAUAGCAUGCGCUUUGUUGAAGUAGCUUUGGUAGAACCAGAUAAACAUGUUGUUGCAUUGGCAGAUGCAUAUUUCUUCCCUCCUUUCCAGCCAUCUUUGCUUCCCAGAACUAAAGGUGGACCUGUGAUUCCUAGUAAACUUCCUCCCAGGCAAGCAAGACUUGUGGUUUAUAACAAAAAGUCAAAUGAGACGAGCGUCUGGAUUGUUGAACUAUCAGAAGUUCAUGCUGCAACUCGAGGUGGUCACCAUAGGGGUAAAGUCAUUUCAUCCAAAGUUGUUCCAGAUGUUCAGCCUCCCAUGGAUGCUAUGGAGUAUGCUGAAUGUGAAGCUGUUGUAAAAGACUUUCCUCCAUUUCGGGAAGCAAUGAAGAAGAGGGGUAUUGAGGAUAUGGACCUUGUGAUGGUGGAUCCCUGGUGUGCUGGAUACCACAGUGAAGCUGAUGCUCCUAGCCGCAGGCUUGCGAAACCGCUUAUCUUCUGUAGAACUGAGAGUGAUUGCCCUAUGGAAAAUGGUUAUGCUCGUCCAGUUGAAGGAAUCCAUGUACUUGUUGAUAUGCAAAAUAUGGUGGUUCUUGAAUUUGAAGACCGCAAACUUGUUCCCUUGCCUCCUGCUGAUCCAUUGAGAAAUUAUACUCCAGGUGAAACACGGGGAGGUGUUGAUCGAAGUGAUGUGAAACCUCUACAGAUAAUUCAGCCUGAAGGAACAAGUUUUCGUGUUAACGGGCACUUUGUUGAAUGGCAGAAGUGGAAUUUCCGUAUUGGUUUUACUUCCAAGGAAGGUUUGGUUAUCUAUUCUGUCGCGUAUAUUGACGGUAGCAGAGGCCGGAGGCCUGUGGCCCACAGGUUAAGUUUUGUUGAGAUGGUGGUCCCUUAUGGUGAUCCAAAUGAUCCGCAUUACAGGAAGAACGCAUUUGAUGCAGGGGAAGAUGGGCUGGGAAAAAAUGCGCAUUCUCUUAAAAAGGGUUGUGAUUGUUUAGGCUAUAUUAAGUACUUCGAUGCACACUUUACAAAUUUCACUGGGGGUGUUGAAACAAUUGAGAAUUGUGUUUGUUUGCAUGAGGAAGAUCAUGGAAUUUUAUGGAAGCAUCAGGAUUGGAGAACAGGUUUAGCAGAAGUUCGACGAUCUAGAAGGCUGACAGUAUCUUUUAUUUGCACUGUCGCUAACUAUGAGUACGGAUUUUACUGGCAUUUUUAUCAGGAUGGGCAUAUUGAAGCUGAGGUGAAACUUACCGGAAUUCUAAGCUUAGGUGCACUGCAACCAGGAGAAACCCGAAAGUAUGGUACAACUAUUGCACCUGGACUAUAUGCACCAGUGCAUCAACACUUUUUUGUAGCUCGUAUGGACAUGGCAGUUGAUAGUAAGCCUGGUGAAACUUUCAAUCAGGUGGUUGAAGUAAAUGUUAAAGUUGAAGAACCAGGAAAGAAUAAUGUUCACAACAAUGCAUUCUAUGCUGAGGAAAAAUUGCUGAAAUCAGAAUUGCAAGCAAUGCGUGAUUGUAAUCCUUUAUCUGCUCGCCAUUGGAUUGUCAGAAACACCAGAAAUGUCAACCGGACCGGGCAGCUAACAGGUUACAAGCUAGUACCUGGUUCAAAUUGUUUACCACUAGCUGGUUCCGAGGCAAAAUUUCUGAGAAGAGCUGCUUUUUUGAAGCAUAAUCUUUGGGUCACAUCUUAUGCACGCGACGAAGUGUAUCCUGGAGGAGAAUUUCCUAAUCAAAAUCCACGCAUUGGGGAGGGAUUGGCCACUUGGGUUAAGAAAAAUCGGUCGCUGGAAGAAGCUGACAUUGUUCUUUGGUAUGUAUUUGGAGUGACACACAUUCCUCGACUGGAAGACUGGCCAGUGAUGCCUGUAGAACGUAUUGGUUUUACGCUCAUGCCACAUGGGUUCUUUAAUUGCUCAACGGCGGUGGACGUCCCCCCGAAUACAUGCGAUUUGGACCUCAAGGACAAUGGGAUGACUGCAAAACCUAUUCAGAAUGGACUACUGGCUAAGCUCUAAAAACGAAAAGGACAAGGAUGCAUGCUAUGGAGAGAUUCUACGAAAACCUAUUUAGGUAGUCAAGUGGCAUGCUUAUGGUCACAUUAGUUAUAUUUUAAGAUAGAUCAACGAACUUAUUCUCUUAUUAUAAAACAAUGUAUGGUGCUGAAUAUCUUUGCCCAACUCUUUUCUUUGGUGCUCAAACUGAGGCUGGUCAUAGGAUGACAUGAGUCAUGGUCGCUCUGUGUGUGGCUUCCAUUCCAUAUACAACAAGCUUCUUACAUUUGGUUUGAUUAUAA